GGAGACUCGGAGUCACACCUAGCCAAAAUGGCGACGGGCCGGGGCCGAUACUCGAGCUGACUAGUCGCUCGCGAUGUUCGUCGCGUUUGUCAUGUUGGCGUGUCGCUAACACGAUGCGCCUCCGCCCCGAUGGAAAACCUCCCAGGGAGGGCCUCCCUCUUGCCCCUUUCUAAGACGGCUCCCUCCGCUCGAGCACCUCCAUCUCCGCCAGCAGCGCACCGAGUCUCGGCCCGCCGCAGCCGCUCACUCGCGUCCCCGCCGGGCGGGCGGCCGCCACGCCGACGUUGUUGUGGAGCUCGUAGCCGUUAGCUGCUCUCCUUGCUAGCGAGCAGCGAACCCAUCGGUCAACUGGACAGCAAAACAAGCGGCCUCUUCAGAAGUGAGCUGGGCCCCACCCUGCAGUGCAAAGGUCGUCGGACGGCUCGGAGCUCAUUCCCGCAUGUUUGCACUUUUGCUUGAAGGAGAUUGCGUCUUGGAAGCGUCUGUUCUUCCCUGCCCCGGGAAUCUUGUUCAACUUGCCCAUCGGGAGCUUUCCUGCCUUCCUCUUUCGAUUGCCGGACGGAUUGAUACAUUGAUUUGAGCAACUAAUGGAGUGGUCGUGGCUGCAGACCGGAUGAAAGGGUCUGGCUGGAGAGGUUGCAGCACUUCCUGCACACGAACCCCCUGUGAUAGAGACCACCGCAGCCCCGCCCCCUGCCCUUAAAUAUCCCAGCCGCCUCAUCCUCCUUUGCCAUUGUCGCCGGGUCCAUCCGCAUGAAGAUGAGCUGGUUGAGCAGGUUGACGGCGCGCGCCCCUGCUGCUCGCUCGGGUCGUGGUGCUGCCCCCCAGGAGACGCCUUCAUGCACCGCUGACCCUGAGACCUGCCUCAUGGUCUUUGAGAACCACUGGAGACAAGUGUCCCGUGUGCUGGACCAGAGCGAGCCGUCGUGGUCCACGGAUGACCUGAUCGCAGUGAGGAACCACACGGACCAAAUGUUCUGUCUCCUGGCCGAGGAGCGGCCACCACCCCAAGGUGAAGAUGACGGGACCACCGAGGAUGGGGGGCCGAUCCUGCAGCUGGUGGUCCGUGAGCAGGUCCUGGAGCGCCUCCUGCUAUGGCACCUGCGCCGCGGCCCGGACCCCGACAGCCUGGGGGCGCUGCUCAAGCUGUUUGAUAUGCUUAUCGGCCAGUCUCAGCAGGCCUUGCUGCGGCGCACGGCUGUCCUACACCCGCUGCUCAGGCUCAUGGGGGCCUGCGUCCACCCCGACCACGGUUGCCCCCCUGCACUUGAAAACAGCCUGGUGCUGCUCCUCAAUCAGGUGUGCGUGCGGACAGCCCGCCAGCCGCUUCUCCUGGAGACGUUGUUCCGGGCGGCUCCGGUGCAGCAGGGCUCCACCAACCUCCUCAUUUUCUCCCUACUCGUCCCAUUCAUCCACCGCGAGGGCGCCGUUGGACAGCAGGCCCGCGACGCCCUGCUGCUGGUCAUGGCUGCCUCCGCCACCAACCGCAGCGUGGCGCGAUACAUCGCCCACAACUCUUACUUCUGCCCGGUGCUGGCGACUGGUCUGAGUGCGCUGUAUUCCUCCCUGCCCCGCAAGAUAGAGGUGCGCGGGGACGACUGGCAUGCUCUCCGGCGCGAGGACUGGAUGGGCGUCUCAUCGCUGGUGGUCUUCAUGAACUCACUGGAGUUCUGCAACGCCGUGGUGCAGGUGGCCCACCCCAUGGUGCGCUCACAGCUCCUCGACUAUCUGCACAAUGGCUUCUUGGUUCCCGUGGUGGCACCCGCCCUGCACAAGUCGUCUGUGGACGAGAUGAUCGCCAGCACUGCCUACCUAGACCUGUUCCUGCGCAGCGUGAGUGAGACGUCCCUUCUCAAGACCUUCCUGCGCUUUAUCCUGCUGCAUCGCCUCGACAGCGACUCCAUCCUGGACACGCUGCUCACACGUAUCAGCAGCAAUUCCAGGCUCUGCAUGGUGUCCCUGAGCCUCUUCCGGACUCUUGUGUCGUUCAACUGUGAGGACAUCAUGUUACAGCUUGUCCUCAGGUACCUGCUCCCGUGCAGCCACGUCAUGCUUAGUCAGCGACGCGCCAUCCGGGAGCCCGACAUGUACGGGAAAUGUGCUGACAAGUUCCUGUCCCUCAUCCCAGAGUGUUGCCAUAUCACGACGGCGCCCCCUGCUGUGCGGGAUGAGGAUGCCAUGUUCAGAGGCAAAGUGCCCCACAAUGCCGAUGCAGAGUCCCUGGUGCCACCUAGACCAAGCACGCCGUCCCGCUUGGCGUUUUUCAUCCGCCAGCAGAGCGGCAGCACCGCCUUGGGGGGUCCCUCUACCGUCGCCAGCUCGGAGUCGCUGCAGUCCACUGCCCCUGACAGCCCUAUGCACAAACUGCAGCCUGAAAUUCUGGCAUGGGAUUCAGGGUACCUGGACUACCUGAAGGAUGCUCGACGAGGCAUUGAGCUUUGCUCCUGGGCGUGUCGGGACUGGUCGGCGCCCUACGAUGGGGAGAACCCCUCUGCAAGCACUGUGCCACCGCCCCCACGCCCUCCUGCAUACAUCCCCUCCAUGGCUGUGUACCCAGACCACUUCUCCUUCCAGCCAGGAGGAGGGGGCAGCGGCCUGCAGAGAGCCACAAUGGCGGGGGUGGCGCGUUCCGAGUGGAGCAGCUCAGAUCACGACAGUGGUGAGUGGGAUGUCACCAUCGGGCAAAACAACUGCAUCAGCCUCACGCCGCGCUCCAAGAAGCGGAGCCUUCAAUGCGAAGAACUCCUUCCAAAACCCGUUUCUUCACACCUUCGCCCUGUCCCUUUACCGACAUCCUUGCUGGUGUCCCACAACCGUACCUCUGCGUCCUACGUGGCGUUGUACAACGGUACGGCGGAGCCAAGCAAGGUGUGCCCGGGUCGGGACAGAGAGCUAGAGGCCAAGAAAGUAAAGCGAGACUUGGACCAUGAGGAGUUUUUGGACGAGAAUUCCAAUCAAAAUGGAUGCCCAGCCAGUGACGCCGGUGACACCCUGCUGCCGGCCGAUGCCAACGACGCCUCUACCCAGCACCACGGGCCCACGGUGGAGAGCCUCAUCCAGGAGCUUCUUGAACAAUCUCCUGGUGAGACGCGGCCCCCCGACGACGAUGAGGGCAUCAGCAUCGAGGCCUUCACGCGGGAGCUUAGGGAGCUGGAGGACCGUGUGACGCCACCCGCUGGCACCACAGAAAAGUCUCUGGGCGACCGGCAGCAGGAGAACGAGGACCCAGAGGAUAAAAUGUCAGCCGAUGCUAAGGGGGAAGGUUCUGGAACGGCUCUCUGCAGUCCCGCCAGACCUGUCGCUCAGGACUCGUGUCAGCCGUACACGGGUCCGCUGAUGGCGGUGCUGCUGGCCAAGCUGGAGAACAUGCUGCAGAAUUCGCUGUACGUCAAUAUCCUGCUGACAGGCAUGGUGGCACAGCUGGCGUGCUAUCCUCAGCCUCUGCUGCGCUCUUUCCUGCUCAACACCAACAUGGUCUUCCAGCCCAGCAUCAAGUCUCUCAUCCAGGUCCUGGGUUCUGUCAAGAAUCGCAUCGAAGCCUUCGCCGCCUCCCACGAAGACUUUCCCGCUAUGCUGAGGAAAGCCCAGCAAUACCUGGUGGCGCGUGGGAAGGUGGACUGGAGUGAGCCACCUGGCGCAGUACCCCCUCUGCGGCGCUCGGAUUCGCUAGUCAAGAGUCGCAAGUCCUCCCUAAGCGACCUGAUCCUCCGCCACACCAACAGCCCCACUCGGACCCGCAGCGCCGCCCAAAUGGCCCUGGCCCACGUGCGGGUGGGCGGCCAGACACUGCACAGCGCUCUGUUCCGUGGUGGUGGCACCGGAGGAGCCGGUGGCGGAACGUCCAAUCUGGAGAAGCAGGCGGAGGCACUGCGUGUGAAGAAUGCUGUCUACUGCGCUGUCAUCUUUUGCGAGUUCCUCAAGGAGCUUGCCGCCCUCGCCCAGGAGCAUGCAGUCACGGUGCCCUUCGCUCGCACUGACAGCGAGGAGUAGACACCUGAAGGUCAGACACCAAGGGGUAGAUGCCAUGGAGAAGACACCAAGGACGAGAUAGACAUUGAAGGGUAGACUCCGCAGGGUGGAUGCCAAGAAAUAGUAGUCCUUCAAGGGGUACACGGCCAGAUGUGACACCAGGCAGUGGACGAGGAGGAGUAGACAUCUAGGAAUAGACGCAAAUGGGUAGACGAUAAGGGGUAAACCUUGACUAUGCAGAGCGGUAGACUCCGAAGAACAGAUGUCUAGAAUUUGAAGCGUAGACACCGAGAUUGCCAAGGAGUAGACACCGAGGAGUAGACGGUAAAGAUGUUGAGGAGUAGACACAUAAGGGUAGACGUCGAUUUUUAGACGUCGAGGGGCAGAUGGUGAGUAUUCCCCAUAAGAGUGAAUGCCGCGGAGUAAAUGAUGCAGAGGGGCAGACCAAACAACGCGAUGCUCUUUUACCAAAAGCAUUCUGGGACAUGGACAUGUGUAAAUGAUAUUGUGCAUAUGAUGUAUCCUAUCAACUUUUUUGGCCAAUGGACUGCGGGAUGCCUGAAAAGUAAAAGUGCACUUUGUUGGUGCUGGUCCAUGUAUUUUCAUUGGAAAGAGUGAUCCAUUACCUUAUUAUUAUUAUCCAAAACACUAUGUUUUCUCCACCCUCAACGCAUUAUAUUUUGAAAGGCUGUGGCCAGGAAACGGGAUGUUGUGUGCCAAGCACCUCUUUUUAUGUUGUUGUUAACUGAUUUAUCGGGCUCAUCUCAUUUUUCUAAUUACAACUUCCUCGCUCCUCUGUUUAUAUGCUAGCGGCUCGAUUCCAUCGAGAUUGACUGAGGAGCGAGGCUGGAGGAGGUUUGGGGGAAAUAAGACGAUUGUUUCUCAAUGACAUCAUUUCAUGGGGUACGUCGAUUAAAGAUGACGUCACGUCAUUGAGGCGUUUCAAAUGAACGUCUGUGUGGCUGAAUUAUUACUAUUACCACAAAUGUCCACUUUAUGCUUUGUUUCAAGUGGGAUUAAAGUAAAACAUAAUCAACACUGUUAUUCACAACUUUGCAGAUGCAAAGACGAUCGUGAAUCCCAAGCCCGCCUCUCACCCCCCUUCCACGCAGCACAUAUUGGUGUGACUCGUAAAUAAGUGCUGAUAUCUUGCUUAUGUAUAACGUUAAAUGAAAAUAAUCUUGACAUAAGAGAACGAUUUCAUUUUCUUAAUGUGCUUAAAUGCCUUUGACAAAAUGACAGCCUAAUUACAAUACAAACCUUAGAAUUGGUGCUUGGUCAGGCGUAGUAACCAUCAGCCAGUUUAUUUAAGUCAUUUUGGUGUCAAAUACUGCCCCAAAUAGAAGAGAAGAAAAUAUGAAUAUUCAAAAUAAAAUAAUAAAGGUAUGACAAAACAGAAGAUUAAGUAUUUAAUUUGAUGUCCCACUACAUUUACGAUCCAGCUGCUACAUGCCCAUUUUCAUAGUCACCAUCGAGGAGCUAGAAGACUGCCGCAUAGGAAACAUCAGAGGUCCCUUGAUUUAAGCGAGUCCGUGGAACCUGCUUGAUGCUCGAUCCCCGCACCUCAAUGCGUGAUGAACACAGUUGAGAUGCUCCUUAAUUUGGCGGCCAUCGUGACAACUUCUUGUGGGUCGCUUUCGAUGUUUUGAGGAGCGAAGAGCUUGGAACGUUGACAUUAAGAGACUUGAGAUGAGCCCAACGUGUUCACUGACAUCUUUACCUUUUACAAAUCUGCCCCAGUUUGUAACAGUCCAGGACUAGUUGGACUCAGUUUAAAACAGAAAGGCAGUUGGACGCAGCACUUAAGACCGGUUAGAGCAGGGGUCUCAAACUCAAGUUAUCUGGGGGCUGCCAGAACAGAGUUGGCACUGGGUCAUGAAACCUCUUAGCCAAUGUGCCUAAACAGUUUAAAAAUCUUGUGGCUAUCGACGAUUGUGUGCCAAUAACCACAACCUCACGUGUGUUUAUGUGGCUAAACCAUCAUCCAGGACAAAGUGGGCUGAAUUACAUGGGUAGGCGUAACUAUGUUUGACUUGGGCCCCCAAAUGACUUUCUAGUUACGCCCCGGUUGAGCCAGCGCCGCCGUUCGGCAUGAUAACCAUCGUAGAUAAGUGGGUUGUGCAUUGAUGAAGAAGGCACCUUAGCUAGCUGGGAGAUCUAAUGUGAACUGCAGGACACAUUGACCGUCGACACUUAAAAAGUACAUCGCGAUAAUAAAUUUAUAUGCAUGGUUGAAUUUGGCGCCAAGCGGCAUCAGGUCUUCCCUCAUACCCCACUCCCCGUUCGGCAUUGCAACUCUUGUCAGAAUGAAAUAUGUACUUUGAAUCGUUUUCAUACGAAUGCAUGAAUUAUAAUAAGGCAUUCCUUUUUUCAACCGAACUUGCGAAUGAAUCCAAACUUCUGAUAAUUUUUUCGUAGCAUAAUAUGGUAUUUCAGAGUGCAAUCACAAAGUGCAACUCAGUGGAAGCAAAUACAGUUUAUGCAUAAAAGGCAAUAACAGGCUGCAAGCACUGACUUUUUAUUUGAAAAUCCCCAUCAGUAUAGUGAAUUGUCAAGGACAGGUACGGGUCCAUUGUUAUGCUUGACUAGGUCAGUCGUUGCAAACUGCAAAGAAUGCGACAGUUGUGAUUUAUUAUUUUAAUUAUUCUCUAUUUACUCCCGGUGUUUUUCACUGCGGUCAGGCCAACCUCCGGUCCAAGUCAAGCCGGAUGCCACAAUGACUAUUAAAGGUCCCGUAUUUUGGCUAUUUAGACCUCCGUAGAGUGACUCUGUAACAUGGACUUAGUAUAAAAGUGUCAAUUUCAUUUAAUAAAACAACAACUUUGGUUUGUGUCCAGAAAAGGCCCCUCUGACAGUUACAUCUGUUUGACCCAGUUUUGAAUCCGCUUUGUCCAUAUAUGGGUAAGACUGCCCCCUUUCCUCUGAUUGGUUACCUCCGUGUAGAAGACGCACUUGUGCGAGCACACGUGUUUGUUGUUGACAAUGCUGGCUCGGGAGUGGAGAGGUAGGUGGAGAUCUUCACUAGUGACGUAGAUAAGCUUCACGUGACCGGCAAAUUGCGCCGCGCGGCCCCUCUGCGUAGCUUGACGCGCGCACGGCAAAAAUAGUUGCUGCGCGUCGAACGCCGCGGAGAUCAUCUCUCAUGAUUGGCCCGUUUUAGUCACAUGCUGUGAUGACUUACUCAGCGUGCCCCUUCGUUCUACAUACCAUCUCCGCCGCCUUCUCGAUCGAUUUUGCAGCAUAAUUAAACGUGUCAUCUCGGUCCAUUUGUUCUAGCAGACAUUGUUCCACGGAUCUCCAUUGUUGUUGCUUUGUUCCUUAUUACUGAAAGGAAAGUAAAAACAGCUACCGGAAAUGGCAAAAAAAAAAAAAUGCAGAGGAAACUUCACCCUGUGGUGUCCUAUCCAAUACCAGCUGUAGCGACACCCCCGAGUUAGAGGUGAACUGCAGUACAUUUUCAAAACUGCGCGCGUGGGUUGCGCUCGAGUAUAAAGGCAAAACUACACCCUGGACAGCCACAGUGAUGUCAGCGCGGUCGCCAUCCGCGCAAGUAUAAAGAAGCCAUUAAGCUUGCAUUCGCCCCCUGGUGGUUGGCUGAGUACUGGUUGCGAAAGUGCUUCAUAUGCGGCAGAGCCCGCAUUUCAAAUGCAAAAAUCGCCGAUGAUCAGGCUAAUUUAAUGGGAGCAAACAAAAUCGUGAUAAUGAUUCAAAUUCGAUUAAUUGUACAGCCCUGCAUCUGAUGUUACAUUUCGUAAGCACCGCAACUUUCUUUGCCUAUUCGACACGUUAGGGUGGCCUUGUACCCAACAAGAAAGUAUUCCGUCUCGCGCUAUUUCUGAAAUUGGCUGUGCUCGUUGCUAACCUUAUUCUUCACUGCGGGUUUUGAGAAAGGCAUGACUACAACUGAGUGACAGGAUAUACUGUAUUUUCCUUCCAGUUGGUGUCAUGUUUCAACUAAUUACAUUUCAACUAAUUGACUAACGCUGCUAAUUCACUUAAGGUCAGGGCAGCAAAUCCAGAAAAAUAGGCGGGGGCCGCACUAACACUUAAUAUUAAAGUCAAGUCACGGGCCACAAAAUAUCGUACCCGCGAGUUUGAGACUCCUGAGUUAGAGGCAGUCACAGACAGUUUUGUACUACUUGGGGCCAGUAAGUAAUGCUUAGGUACAGUUAAGACCAGUUUUGAGUGGUUACAGCUGACAAGUAGCAGUUCGUAUCAGUUAGGGCCAGCUGGAACAAGUAAGGAGAUGCAACAGCAGCAGAAGCAGUGAAGACCAGUUUGGACCGAUCUCAGCCAGUAAGGACCAGUCAGCAGCAGUUAAGACUAGUUAUACCCAGGUUUGGUCCCUUUCGGAUCUGUUGGAGCCAGUUUGGACCGGUUACAGUCAGUUACAGCCAGUUUGCACCAUUGAUGAGCCGUCAGCAUCAGUUUGGGCCAGUAUGGAACAGUGGGGGCACAUUUUUAGGUUAUUUAGCAUCCCUUGGUUUCCUCUUGCUAGCGUUUGCUGCUAAUUGCCAUCUGAGGUGCUUUCAACACACAACAGUCUUUGGUCUUUAGAGCAAUUUCAUGGGUUUUUCCACCAAGCACUUGGCAGAAAAGGGAAAAAGAGGUUUUAAGACUACAGUUAGAAUUUUUGCCAAUGGGAUUUGUCUUCCUCGAUUCAGUUUGUUUUUCAAAUGGAGGCCAUUACAUCGUCACUUCUAACGUUAGAAGCCCAAGUUUAAAACAAAAAAAAAAAAGAAAAAGAAAAGAUGAUUGUAGUUUGGACAUUGCUGUAAAAAAAAAAAAAAAAAAGUGUGUGCCAGGC